AUGUCUGAUAAAGAUAAGAAGAAAUUGCAGACCAAAUUAUAUCCAUUAUUUGAGAACAUAUACAAACAUGAAUAUAACGGAAUACCAAUAAGUACUCAUUUUCAUGCAUUACCACCAAGAACAGGUGGUGGAGAUUAUUAUAAAGUUAUUAAAAACCCAAUAUCACUUCACAAGAUUGGAGCGAAAUUAAAAAAACUCGACUAUAAUAAUGCACAAGAAUUCAUAAAUGAUUUAGCUCUUAUAUCAUUUAAUGCAAGAUAUUAUAAUAUGCAAGAAUCCAUAAUAUAUAAACAUGCAGAAAGUUUGAAAAAAUAUAUUGAAGACACAGUUAUACCAAAAUUGAAAAAUGAUAAACAUAUAAAUGAUAAUUUGAUAUAUCCGAUACUUGGUGAAUUACCUGAAGAACAUCAACAAUUACAAGAAAAUUCCCCACCCGUGAAAGAAGAAUAUGAAAUGAGUGCAACUCCAACUAUUGAAAUUCCAAUAACAAGACCCGAUUUAGUUUCAGCAUAUAAUCGUCAAUCAUCAUUUACAACACCUAAAAAAGCCACUACUAUCAAACAACAACAAGCCUUACAAGCACAACAAGAGCAAUUAGAAAGUGGUAUAAGAAGAGGUAGACCCCCAAUUAUUGAUAAGCCAUUUGAAUCAAGAAUUAAACAAAUAUUAAAAGGUUUUAAAAAAUUAAGAGAUGAUAAAGAUAGAUUAUUAAUUAAACAUUUUGAUAAAUUACCAGAUAGUAAAAAUUAUCCAGAUUAUUAUAAUUUGAUUAAAAAUCCCAUGAGUUUAGCCGAGAUUAGAAUUAAAGUUAGAUCGAGAAAAUAUACUGAUGUUGAUCAAUUUAUAAAUGAUUUGGAUUUAAUGUUUGCAAAUUUUCAACAAUAUUUUCAAAGAGAUCCUUAUGGUGAAGAAUUUUUGGAUUAUCAACAAUUUAAGAAAGAAGCUAAUCAAAUUGUCCAAAAUGAAUUAAAUAAAUCUGAUAAAGAUGUCUUGUUGGCAGCAUCAACUUCAAGUGAUGGAAUUGUUAGAUAUCCAUUAGAGGAAUUAAAAGUUGAUGGUUAUUCUUAUAGAAUCGGUGAUUGGGUAUUGAUGAAAAAUCCAGCUGAUAGUGAAAGACCAAUUGUAGGACAAAUUUUCCGUAUUUGGUCAACUGAAGAUGGUAAAAAAUAUUGUAAUAUGUGUUGGUAUUAUCGUCCUGAACAAACUUGUCAUGGAGUUGAUAGAAUUUUUUUCCAAAAUGAAGUUUGUAAAACUGGUCAAUAUAGGGAUCAUUUAAUUGAUGAUAUAGUUGGUCCAUGUUAUGUAUUAUUUUUAACAAGAUAUCAAAAGGGAGAUCUUCCAAGUGGUGUUAUACCAUCAACUGCUCCAUGGUUUAUUUGUGAAUUUAGAUAUAAUGAAACUACUCAUGUUUUUAACAGAAUUAGAACUUGGAAAGCUUGUUUACCAGAUGAAGUAAGAGAAGAUGAUGAACAACCACUUAUUCAGCUAAAUGAAACUAGAAAAUUAAUUAAAUUUGAAUCACCAAUUAGAUCAUUUUUUGAUCCAAAUUUAGAAAUGGGGGAAAUUCCAGAUGCUGUUGCUGGUACAACUAAUUCACCACCAAUUAGAGGUUCAGUUUACAAAACAGCCCCAAUACCAACAGAUGACUUAGGUCAAUAUACUACAAGUCCAAAUGUUGUUUCUGUUCCAGAACAUGAUGAUAAAGCAACUGGACGUCAUGCGUAUUUAUUUACACCAAUUUCCCAAUUAAAAGGUGGUGGUGGGUCCACAAAUGCAGUAUAUUCUACUACAUCUUCCUUACCACAUGGAUCACCUAAUCAUGAAUCUACAAAAUUAGCUACUAAUGCAAUGAGUCCUCCUGUAUUACCUCCACCAACUCCAGUACAACAAAUUCAUCAGCAAUCACCAGCAAUAACAGAUUUUACAGAAGAAAAACCACAAUUACCUAAUUCAUAUGUUUCCAUACAUGAUCAAAUUCAAGAAAAUCAAAUUAAAAAACUACAAGAUCAACAACAACAACAGCAGCAACAACAACAAUUACAACAACAUCAACAACAAUCUCCACCACAACAACAACCUCAACAAUUAUUUAAAAAAUUGAGUACUCCAACUCUUGCUAAUAUUGUUCCAACUGAUGGUGGUACUUUUUAUAAUGCUAUGCCAACUUUUUCUCAACCAAAUGGAGCAUUAGCUUAUGGAUUACAAGAAGAUUUAGAAUUACCCGUAAAUAAAAAAUUAAAAUCAGAUCCUACACAACAAUCAGAAAUAAUAUUUUAUAGAUCACCACCAAUUCAAUUAUUAGGUAACAGAAUAAUAACGAAUUCCAAAUAUGAAUUAGGUCAUUCUGCAAAAUAUUUAGCUUGGAAAAAUGAUAAAAAAAAUAAUAUAGCACAAAAAUAA